CAACUGGAUAUACAGUUCUGUACAUUGGGACAAUUUUACAUUAAGAGAGGUCUUCAGGGUGCAGCACACGGUUAUUCACGUGGAUACACAAUGCUCUCCCAACAAGUGCGCGCUCUAGGCCAGGCGCCAGGUUUGGCGCAGCCGCUGCUGCAGCUUGUGCGUAACCUUACAGAGUGGGCCACGGUAGAUCCCGUCAAGAUGAGCGGAUCUACCCCGGCGGUUUGCCAAAACCUCGUGGGCGGCCGCUGGGGCCCCGCCCGCGAGAGCCGCCAGCUGCCCGACCCCCUCACCGGCGAGCCCUUCCUCACCGUGCCGCACACGCAGCCUGACGAGAUCGGCCCCUUCGUGGAUUCGCUGCGUGCCGUACCCAAGUCGGGGCUGCAUAACCCGCUGAAGAACCCGCAGAGGUACCUGCUUUACGGCGACGUGUCCUUCCGAGUGGCUGCCGAGAUGCGGCGGCCGGUGGUGGAGGACUUCUUCGCGCGGCUCAUUCAGCGGGUGGCGCCCAAGAGCUAUGACCAGGCGCUGGGGGAGGUGCGGGUGACACGCAAGUUCUUCGAGAACUUCAGUGGGGACCAGGUUCGCUUCCUGGCCCGCGGCUUCACCAACCCCGGCGACCACCCCGGGCAGACCAGCAGCGGCAACCGCUGGCCGUACGGCCCCGUGGCGCUGAUCACGCCCUUCAACUUCCCGCUGGAGAUCCCGGCGCUGCAGCUGAUGGGCGCACUGUACAUGGGCAACAAGCCGCUGCUGCAUGUGGACCAGCGGGUCAGUAUCGUGGCCCAGGAGCUGCUGCGGCUGCUGCACCACUGCGGCAUGCCGCCCGCUGACGCCGACCUGCUGCACGGCCCCGGCCCCACCUGCGGCGAGGUGCUGCGGGCCGCGCAGCCGCGCUCCACACUCUUCACGGGCAGCCAGAGGGUGGCGGAGCGGCUGGCGGUGGAGACGGCGGGGAAGGUAUUCCUGGAGGACGCGGGGUUCGACUGGAAGCUGCUGGGGCCCGACGUGGCGGAGCUGGAGUACGUGGCCUGGCAGUGCGACCAGGACGCGUACGCAUGCACGGGGCAGAAGUGCAGCGCGCAGUCCAUGCUGUUCGCGCACAGCAACUGGGUCCGCGCGGGUCUGCUGGAGCGGCUGGCCUCGCUGGCCUCCCGCCGCCAGCUGGCCGACCUGACGGUGGGCCCGGUGCUGAGCUGGAGCACGGAGGCAAUCCUGGCGCACACGCGCCGCCUGCUCAGCAUCCCAGGCGCCAAGCUGCUGUUCGGCGGCCAGCCGCUCACCGGGCACUCCAUCCCCUCCGUGUACGGCGCCGUACAGCCCACCGCCGUGUUCGUACCGCUGGAGGAGGCGCUGCGCCCCGAGCACUUCGAGGCGGUCACCACGGAGGUGUUCGGGCCCUUCCAGGUUGUCACCGAGUGGGGUGAGGGCCAGCUGCCCCAGGUGCUGGAGGCGUGCGAGCGCAUGAGCCACCACCUGACCGCAGCGGUGGUGUCCAACGACGUGCGCUUCGUGCAGCAGGUGCUGGCAAACACAGUCAACGGCACCACCUAUGUGGGCAUUCGGGCGCGGACCACAGGUGCCCCCCAGAACCACUGGUUCGGCCCCGCAGGCGACCCGCGCGGUGCCGGCAUCGGCACCCCGGAGGCCAUCCGGCUGGUGUGGAGCUGCCACCGGGAGAUCAUCACCGACUUCGGACCCGUGCCGCCCGCAGCGGCGCUCAAGCAGUCGUGAGGG